UCAGUCUAGCUCAGCUUGGCCCCUCCUACCUUGGUGGAGACAGUGAAUACUGCUGCUGGUGCCUUUAGCAACGGUGCCUCGGCAACAGAGCCACGACAACGGAGCACCACGGCAACGGAGUGCUGUGUCUCCCCUUAUGGAGCUUCCAUUGGGCGGGCCGGCGCUGAGGCACUAUACCCGCAGCAGACCUAGACCACACCGACAAAACCAACACCUCCGCCCCAGCAGACCACAGGUACAGGGAGAUGGAGAAAAAGGGGUGCUGUGUAGAGGCAUAAUGGAAUCGGUGGUUGACAAUGAAAAUGGAGUCCCUGAUCACAUGGGGCGAGUUGAUGAGGGAGUUGAGGAGUUCUUUACUAAGCGAGUCCUUCCUGUCGACACCCUGAAAACACAGAAUGAGGCUGGGGAACCUCCCAUUACUGAACAGGAAAUGGAAGUAGCACCUACUAGCGCCGCUCCUUGCCCCGCCCCUUCCAGAACCCUAAGGAGGAAGCUGGGCGAGUUCUUCACCCUUAAAAAGCGGAGGGCUGUGAAAUCAGAGGGAAGCCAAGAGGGGAAGGCCAAGAAGACCUCCAUUGCCGACCUAAUCCGGCCUCUCAGGGAGGCCGCCAGAGCUGAAAAAGAUAAAGUGAAGGAGAAUGAAAAAGUGAAAGAAAAGGAGAAGGAGAGUGUGGAUGACAACGUUGUGACAGGAGAUCCAGUGGAAGCAGAAAACCCUUCUUCUGAUGGUCCCACUCCACUGAGGGGUGAGGCUCCACCCCGUCGUGCGCUAAGAGAGGGGAAGUCACAGUCUCUAAUUCUGCUCUCUGGAUCUGCAGCCAACGCUGGGAACACCAAGAACACUGCACAAGGGAAGUUUCAGAAACACUCGUCUGACGGCCAUCAUGGCUUUGAGCAGCGCCUCCAGCUCAUGCUACAACGUAUUGGUGUGUCCAAAGCUCAGCCAGGAGAGACACAGAGUCAGGAGAGAGAGAUGAAAAAAGCUGAAUCAGAGGGCACUAUCAUCGAUAAUAAACCUGAGCCCCCACCCACAUUUAUGAAGCCCCGGACCAUGUCCACCUCAUCAGAUACGAGACGAGCAGUACGACAGAGUGUGUCCGCACAUGAGUCAGCUGGGAAACCUGCUCUGCCUCCUAAGCCAAUAAUUAAGCGAGGCCCAACCCCACCUCCCACUAUUUCCGGUCAUCUCACCCCUGAGAAUGACCUAGCCCAAAUACAGGAAGGAGAAGCGUGUUCCCCCACAGACCCCACCCCUAGUAUCACUGAUACCCCUACCAGUUCUAAACCUAUCCCCACUGACACCACUAUUCCCAUCACUGUCCCAGAUCCCACUAACCAUUCUAUUCCCACUGACACCAUCCUUCCCUCCUCUGUCCCAGAUCCCACUAACUCUUCUAUUCUCACUGACACCAUCAUUCCCUCCCCUGUCCCAGAUCCCACUAACUCUUCUAUUCUCACUGACACCAGCAUUCCCUCCCCUGUCCCAGAUCCCACUAACUCUUCCAUCCCCGUUUAUACCACCGCUACUUCCUCUAAUUUAACCCCCAAUGACAUCAUCCCCUCUACGACGUCUGCACCCGUCCCUAUCAAUACUACAGCCCCCACUCCCAACACCACCAGCUUCAUCCCCAGUACUAACCCUGCCACAACCACUACCAUUACCUCCAUCACAACUACAUCUGGCCCUAUGAAUAUUACAACUUCCACCCCCCCUACUGACAUUAACUCUGGCUCUAUCCCCACUAUUACCCACACCCCAAUUCCCCCUACCUCCACUGACUCCACCACCCCAACCACCUCUGCGUCUUCCAUACCUAAUUUAGCCACCAUCACCAUUACAAGCAUUACUGCCCCAACACCUGUUAACACUAAUACUGAUACCCAGACAUCAACAACCCCCACCACUAAUGCUUCUACCCCUACCUUUACUGAUACUGCUGCCUCAACUUCUACUGACUUGACAACUCCAACACUAAAUACUACCAUCUCCAUAAUUGCUUCUGCUGCCAACAACACUUCUACUCCCACCCCCACUACCUCUCUGUGUUCCACCCCCACUACCCGAAUUACUAAUUCAGUUACCCCACCUUCAUAUCCUGCUGCUACUAUAACAACCUCUACCCUUAAUUCUAUGAAUGGUGCUUCCACCCUUACCUCCAUAAACUCUACUGACUCCAACGCUACCCAAACCGGAACUCACAAUACCAGCAAAACUAACUCUGUCAACUUCACUUCUACCUUAAGCCCCACUAACUCUACUAGUCCUAUCACUACUUCCUCUACCAGCUCAACUUCCACUAACUGUGCUGCUCACACUGCUACUAUCCCUAGCAGUUCGAUUCCCAUUCUCUCUACUAAUCACUCCCCCACUGUCACUUCUAUCCCCACUGCCACUCACUCAACUAACUCCACCAAUACUUCCUCCCCCACAUUCUCUUCUACUUACACCACUACUAACACUACUAGUCCCAUCCCAACUAACUCUACUAGCCUGACCACUACCCCCACCCCCAUUAACUCUAGCCCCGUCACCACUAUCUCUGCAAGCCCUUCUAAUAUCACCAUUAUCUCUACAAGCCCUUCUAAUAUCACCACUAUCACUAACUCUUCUGUCCUCAUCAGUACCCCCAGCCCCACUAACUCUACUACCAGCACCCCCACUAACCCUUCAAAUCCCACCAACACCACUAAACCUACUAACUCUACUACACAAACCACUAUCUCAAUCCCCACUAAUUCUGUUACUCAUAGUCCCACUAACUCUUCUACUCAUAGCCCUACUAACUCUUCCAGUCCAACCCCCACUAACUCUACUAGCCAAACACCAACUAAUACUAUUCAACCAUCACCUGAGGAGAGAAUUAGCCCUAAUCCUGCAAUGGGACUGCUGUCCAUGACUAAGGGUACAAAUGACCUGAAUGCUGAGAGGGUAGAGAGGAACAAGGAGACAGAAGAGAAACGUAGCAAGGAAGAAGAUGUCAGGAGGGCCACAGAGAAAGAAAAAGAACAGAAAUCAUUGGAGCACAACAUAGGCAAAACCAUAAAAGAGGAGAAGGAGGAGGGUCUGCAGAAGGUGGAUGGGAUCAUGAGGCAGGGAGUAGAAGGGACCAAAUCAAAUGAGGGUAGAGAGCUGUGUAAAAAGGAUUGGGAUAAAAAGAGGGAAGGAGGGACUAAUGGGUCAGAUGAAAAAGAGUUCAAAACUAAGGAGGUGGUAGAGAGCAAGUUAAACAAGGGACCAACUACUGUGAUAGAGGCAGGGGAGGCCACAGUAAAAGAAACGGGGGAGAGUCCAUGGGACUGAGUACAGGGACCACAUCACAGCAGCAAACCGCAGAGGGUGGAACAUCGGACCAAAGAACUGAGACCCCCUCUGUGUUACACAAAUGGACUGACCCAGCAACGUGUCCUUUUUUUCUCGACCAUGUUUACAUUUGCAUUGCACGUAUUGUAUGAUUAUGUAAUACAUCAACUGUGGUGAAAUAUGUUUACAAUAGAUGGAUAUGAGACAUAUAGUUACUUAUGAUUAUUAAAAUGAAUAUUCAUAAUGUCA